AUGCGCGCAGGUAAAACGGGUAAAUACCCAAAUUCGUGUUUAUCAUCGUUUUAUUUUAAAUUCAACAGGUCUCUGCAAUAUAUAAAUGUCACAAUUAAAAAUGUAUAAAAAUCUUUUUGAAUAACACGAUAGAUUAUUUCAGGUGUUUUUAUGCAUUGAAGAUUAAGCCUUCUCCAUGAAGAUGUGAUGAUAUCAAUCAGCAAGGCUACAACGCUCAGCUUAUGAUCAUCUUUUCUUGAACCGUGCAGUGUACAUUCACCCAUGUUUGCAUCUCAAAUGAUUUUGCAGUAAUGGUGAAGGAAAAAGUUCAAGAGUGUUUUCUGAAUAUUUGCCCAGAACACGAUUAUAGAACAUGCUGGGAUUUAUCCAAAAUCUUAUUAAGGGCACUGUGUUUUGCUGUUUGCUUGUGGGUAGUGACCAUUAUUGUGUUCCAUAGCAUCGUGAUCUGGGGUCUAACAUCAAUUAUAACCAAGUUUGAUGAUGACAGGAUAUUUGGGAUUAUAGUUGGCCUUCAACUUGCUGUGUCUUUGCUGUUUACUCCAGUAUGUGCCAUUCCAGCAUUGUGCUUCCUCAGUUGUUCAAAGGAGAAACGUUGCAAGACAAUAGCUAUAAUUGCUGCAGGAAUAAUCCUUGGCUCUGUAUUGUUGUCACCAUUGCAUUAUCUUCUCUUCUGGUACUGCAAAGCUGGGGGAAUAUGUGGUAAAACAUUUGUCAGCAGUUGUGAAGAUGGCUGGGUUAAAUAUGAAACAAGUUGCUACUCUUUCAUAAACAGCAUCAAUGACAGUAGCUUAUCAUUUGAUGAUGGUCAACAGAAAUGCUCAAAAAUGAUCAAAGUUGAUGAGGAUGAGGUCAACCACGAGGGACAUGCAAACACACCUUAUUUAGCUUGCAUUGAUGAUAUAUAUGAAAAUCAUUUCAUACAAAGCUAUCUAAAGGAUCAUUAUAUAGAAGGAGGUACAUGGCGUAUUGGGGCCAAGUUUGAUCAAGGAACUGACGCAUACAUUUGUGAGUCAACUCUAUACAAAAGUGCUCCAAUUGGCUACAGUAACAUGGACAAUACUCAGUUGGUAACUAAGGAGGACAAGAAUCAAUGCAUGGUCAUUACAAAGCUCUUACUUGGCUACAAAUGGCAGAAACAAAACUGUGGUGUGAAACAUGUGCCUCAUAUCUGUGAAGUGAAUGCUGCAUGCAACUAUUUUGGAUGUAGUGUGAUGUUAGCACUUGGAGUGCUCAUAGUACCAUAUACCUUGCUUUUCUUUCUUGUCAUGAUAUUUUAUCGAGGCGAAACAGUGAGAAAAAGACUAGAAGAGCGAACAGGUGAUAGGGGGGCACCACAACCGCCAGCUGACUUCAAUAAUCCUAUAGCAAGAACCCGUACAUCAGCAGAGCACCCUGGUGAGGGUCCUGCCAUUAUCAAUUCAGAGACCUAUAUCUGAACUUAUGAGGUAUAAUGGCUUCAAAGAGAUCUGUUAUGGACUGAAAAGUCACUUGGUAGCAAUGGAUACAAUAUUGAAUAUGAACUUAAAAAGGAAUAUCACGGGCUGUCAUCGAAAAAUUUGUCCAGCUUGGGGGAGCAUGUUAUUUUUCGUAAAACCACAAAACUGCACAAAAUAUUUUUUUACCUCUUUAUGUUUC